AUGGCUGGAUGGGAGAGAGGGGAAAAGGGGAAGACCGGAAAGAAGAUAUCCGCGGCGGAGUUCCUGCGGACGAAGAUCUCAAAUGGUCAGGUCAAGCGGGUGGUGGGGGUUUCACAGGCGACUGCACAGGCCAGUGGGAGGGCCAGCACAAGAAGGUCAUGUGUAGCGGUCGUUGUUCCUGUGGUCGGCGAGCUUUGGGCCGAUGCUCUGCACGGGGCAUCGACUUAUCUUCCCACAGGAUCUAUCAAGCAUAUCCUCCAGGGCCUCUGA